CCCCGCCCUUUUGCCGCCUCCCCUGCCCCCCACAAACAUCCGACAGUCUCAUCAGCCUCUCCGCCUUUAGCCGUGCUACCACCACCAGAGCUCCCGAGCUUCGGAACUCCACGGCGGCAGCCACCAGCUCCACUACUACCGCAAGCUGCAGGCUGCAGCGGGAGAUGGAGAGGCUGAACACGAAGCUGUACCUGCAUAACUGCUACAUCAUGAAGGAGAACGAGCGGCUGCGCAAGGCGGCCCUGCUGCUCAACCAGGAGAACCAGGCCCUGCUCUCCGAGCUCAAGCACCGCCUCGCCAAGUCCGCCGCCGGCGGCAACAACAACGCGGCAGCGGCCGCGGCUAACCGCGCGUCGCCGAAGCCCGGCAUCGACGCCGCGCCGCCGGCUCAGGCAGGCGGCAAGGGCAAGCCGGCCCCCAAGCCCAAGUAGGCAGUUCAUCAUCGCAGCUCGAUCACAAGCUGGCUGGUGGUGCAUACGCGGCGGUGUCUGCUCGAGCUGGUGUCCUAGGUGGCGUCGGUUUUAGUCAGUUAGGCCUGGAUGUUGAUCAGGAAGGUUUGUUUAGUUUCAGUUGACGGAAAUCUCAAGAGUCCUGCCCGACGGGCACUGAUAUGUAGCAGAAAUGCCCUUGUAAUGAAUGGAUGACGA